GCAGAAUUGAUUGGAACAUUUGUCAGCCCUAAGGUAUCUUUGAAGUUAAUCACAUCAGCCUUUGAGAAAACACCUAUGCCGUCUCACAUUAUGAUCCUGACUGCAGUGAUUCGUGGUAGCCCGAAAGAGAUCUUAAAGCCUCAUUUGACUGAUAUUGGCAAUGCAUUGUCAAAAGAGGAGAACUGUCAAAGAUCUGAAGAGGUCUUUUACAUGGAGCAGUUGCUUUCUUGUGCUCAAGCAUUGAUUGAAGUGUGCCAGGAAGACUGCAAAGAAAUUAGUUUGCAGCUAAUGAAAGUUUUGGUAACAGUAAUGGCAAUACCUAGUUCUCAGCACCUGAAAGAAAAG